UCGGGUCGACCUCGACACCUCUGGAUUUGACUUCAAAAUCGAAAUGAGUGCACAAAUCGGCCGGAACCGACUUCAACAUAUCGGCCCAAACAAGGGUCCGACAUCUCAAUAUCCGACAUCUCGACAUUCGGCAUCGCCUCAAACCGAUUUCAAAACUCACCGAAUUCAGAGCUCAAAAUUUAGGGCCGAUCGCACGAAUCGGACAGAAACACGGCCACCAAACAAAUCGAUUUCUUCAAUACUGACUUUGCCGACAACUCAAUUUUGGUGUAUCCGAAUUCAAGAUCUCAGCUGGGCCUGUUUCGCCAUUCACGACCACCAUCGUCGAACUGUCAAAUCGCAGCCGGAUCACCGAUCUAUAUUUCUAAUAUUCGCCGGAAUUGCUGAACUCAAAGCCUUACAGCGGCAUGUGGAGUUUGUGAAAGGGAAUGUCCUCACACCAUUAAAGUGGGCUUAUGCAAUAUGUGGCCCAAUUUAUUUACCAAUGUCAAAGUUGGAUUCAUUCUUUUGGGACGUGACCAAAUUCAUUUCGCAACAUCGUGAGCUGAAUUUUCUUCAAACCGGUGAUGUUGAGGGCCGAGUAUUUAUUCUAACCAACGAAGAGCCAGUUCCAAGUUUAUUUGUUCAUGCCAACGUUAACUGGUGUGGGGCUCAUUCACACUAUCCCGAGUUGUCAUUCGCUCGUCUUUGGAUUCAGUUAUUGACAGGACCGAGUUCGAUUAUUUAUACCGAGGCCACAUUUAUCUAUCAAGCCAUUUAUACAGACACGUCAAUUACUGACAAGAAAAAUACCAGCCGAAGCUAUAAUUUAUUAUUGGACCUUGCGUGGUCAUAUUUGUUAUUGGGCCCUGCGUGGUCAUAUUUGUUAUUGGGUCCUGCGCAGUCAUAUUUAUUGUUGGGCCAUGCGCGGUCAUAUUUCUUAUUGGACCCUGCGCGGUCAU